CAGAGCUCUCGCGCGUCUUCGUAUUGCCCUUUGACCCCAUGUGGCCAAGCACGAAACUAACAAAUAUGGAGGUGGAUUUCGGCGACAGUGAGCUGUUCGAGCAGUUCAAAGCAGACGCUCCUCUCGCCAAACACAUCAGGUUUACUGAUGAUGAAGAAGAAGAAGAAGAAUCUUCGGAUCUCCGGGAGAGGAUAGAGGACUGUGAGGAGACUAUAACUCGACUGAAGACGGAGAAUGAUGAACUGAAGAGAAAGUUACGUUUUUUAAGUCGUCCUGCAGGUAUCAGCCUUGUCAAUUCAAAAGUCGAUGGUCCUUUAUGCCAGAUUCUCUUCGGAAACAACACUAUCUCAAAACAGAGCCGUCAAGACAUCGAAGACUACAUUGUCAGUCUGAUUCAUCAACACCAGUUUCAGCAGAAUAAUGGCCAACAAGCAUCUGCUUUGCACCCUCAGCCACAGAACUCGAGUUUUGUCAUUGAUGAAAACCAGGGAACAAAUGCUGAAGCUUCAACUGGAAAACACAUUCGAGAUGCUUUCUGUGUGGUGGGGAGUGUGUUGUAUUUCACCUCUUUCUGUCUGGAUAAACUCGGUCAGCCGCUUCUCAAUGAAAAUCCCCAGCUGACAGAUGGCUGGGACGUGCCCAAGUAUCAGCAAGUGUUUGGCCAGGUAAUUGCUCUGGAGGGACAGGAAGUGCAGAUCAAGGAGAAGAGGCCUAAACCAUGCUGCUUUAACUGUGGCGCUGAAGACCACCAACUGCGCGAUUGUCCAAAGCCCAGAGACAUGGCACGAAUCAAUGAGAAGCGAAAAGAGUUUGCACAAGUCAACCAGGGCACCGUUCUGAAUAAACAGCGGUACCAUGCGGACGAGGUGGAGGAGCGCUUCUCUAAGUACAAGCCGGGAGUAGUGAGUAAGGAGCUCCUGGAUGCCCUUGGCAUUGUUGCUAACACACUCCCUCCCUUUAUUUAUCGCAUGAGAGAGCUGGGAUACCCACCAGGCUGGUUAAAGGAAGCUGAGCUGGAAAACUCAGGCCUGAUGCUGUAUGAUGGUAAAACAUCGGGAGAGGAAGACUCAAACGGCCCUAAACAAAAUGUAUGCUAUGAUGUCUCAAAGCUAGUGGAUUUCCCUGGUUUUAAUGUGUCUGCGCCCCCCAAUGUUAGAGAUGAUUACCGAUCAUUUGGUUCCAUCCCAAUGCAGCCUCAACACUUGAAGCCAACGUUUGCUGCUCACUUGUCCAAUAUGUAUCCGGCGCCUGAUUCCAAAUGUGUAAAGAGGUGCCAUGAGCCUGAAUUAACACCGCAGCAGGCCAAGAAGCGGCGCUCGAAUUCAGACUUCUGCGGAAGCUCAGAUAUGGACACAGACUCUGAUUAUGACACUCCUAGACGAGACAGAUUUGAUGAUUUCCAGUUUCAGCCUCCACUUCCUCCUGGCUCUCCGCUCAUUAGCACACCUCCACCCUUACCCCUGGGAACACCUCCGGUCACCCCCACACCACCACCUCUCCCUAAAGGCACACCUCCUGCAACACCGCCUACAAACGCCGGGUCUCCUGUUCUGUCAGGUAGAAGUGGAGCUGGGUGUGAGGAGUCUGAGGACGGGCUGACGUUAGAGGAGCUCGAGGAGCAGCAACGGCUGCUGUGGGCGGCACUUGAGAACGCAGAUAACGGCAACAGUGACUCAGACACCGGGGCCACGGGCACACCUGCCAUCGCCUCGCCCCGGGAGUCUCCAAUAGCUGAGCCUGAUGCUGAGUCAGAGGAGGGAGUGGAAGAAUCCCGGUCGAAGGCUGAGGAGGUCUCUGACCAUGACCUUGAACUUUUAAGCGCGCCUGAUUCACCUGUCGAAGUCCCAGUAAGCAGUGCUGACGAAGACAAAAGCAGCAACGGUCAGGUCAAUGACUCUCUUACUGAAGACACAGGCGCAGAGUCUUAUGAUGAGCUAAUAGUUCUGGAUGAGAUUACUCAAAGUAAUGAUUCUGACCCUGAAAAGAACAGAGUAAGUAACAUUUCUGAAGAAAAGUGCACGCCCACAUCAGAUGCACAAGCAGCUGAAGAGAAUGAAGAACCUGAUUUAAAGAAAGUAACAGGCGUUCCACACCGAAGCAAGUUUGCAGAAGGUAUAAUCCCAUUUGAAGACACCCCUGAGUUCACAGAGGUUGCUGAGGCAACAGGGGUUUACCUAAGGAUUCGAGACUUGCUCAAAGAAUCCCCUCGAAAUCAGGCAAAAAACAAGAACUUAAAUUCUUGACUUCUAGGUUCUUUAAAUGUAUGAAUAGGGAAUAAUGUAUGUGAACUGAACACAUCUGGGUUUUUUUUUUUUUUUUUUUUUUUUUUUUAAUGGGAUGCUCCAAUGGGAUGAUUAUUAACCACAUCUGUUAAGUUGGAUGUCCAUCUUUAUUUUGCAAUUUUUAUACAAAAAAAAAAAAUCUUUCUCCAAAAAAGGUUAGUUAUUUUGCUUGCGCUUUUUAUUAAUUUCACAAAUGACUGCUGUUGUAAGCUAUGGUUUGGACUAGUAUUUUACAUAUGUACAGUUUUAUAAACAACUUCUUUUUGUCCUCUUAUUCUUAUAAGUUGCAAAGAUGCCAGAGGUACACCCAGUUUUUUUUCCCUGCCAUGUGAGAGGAACUUUUCAAAUUGGCCAUCAUUAAUGGUAUACAUUUUCAGUGUAUUAUUUUUAACACUAAAUUAUUUUUAAGGCUAUCUUUUUACAAGGUCUAUCCUGAACUGCUUUUAUUAUGGCCAAAAUCCAGCUGUUUGAGGGAUCAUAAAAAAUAAAAGGCUGUUUUCACUUUUAUAGUUA